UCAGGGCUAACAACUGCUGGUAGUGGGCAACGGCCACAAAGGGCCCAUGUGAAAUUAGCCGCAUGCGCGCGACGCGUGACCCGCGUUCUCGUACAUACAAAGGGAAAGCAGGAAAAUUACUAGAACUGAUGACAGCCACAAUUGAGAGCGCUAACAACUAAAACAGCAAACAGAAGCUAAUGUACAGAGAUGAAAUACAAUGAAGAAAAAGAGUAACAGACAAUGUGAAAAAGUUCGAAAAGAAGAGACGGCAAAGGAGGACAAGCGGCAAAUUGGAUCUCACUCACCAGGGGAGCGCGAGAUACCAGGCGAUAGGGAGAGGGAAAAGGGGAUCCAUCAGGGCCCCUUUAUAGGCAUGACUAGGUAGUAUGAAACCUCCACUGAAUGGUCCGCUUCAUGCAUCUGCACCGAAAACAUUCAGCAUAUGACUGAGGCAGCAUGAUUUGACCCAUUCAGGCUAAGUUGUGCAAUAAAUCAUG